AAAGAGAAGCUGUGUUUGAAAGAGGGAGGAAAAGAGAGGGAGGGAGGGCUGUUUUGAGCUGUCUUGUGCCUGAAAAGGGAGGAGGGAGGAGGAAGAGGAGAGAACUGAGCUGUGUGAUCUGCACUGGUCUCUGCGAUAGAGAGGAGAGAGGAAGGAGGAGAAGAGAGGAGAGGAUAGGGAGAUGAACAGCGAUAAAGGAAUAUUGGACUAACCCGUGAGAAAUGGAUGGAUCCAUAGACAGUGUUAGAGGUUAGAUGUCAGACAUGAUGACAUCACAUGGAAAGCUGAGGAUGCAGAGAGGGAGUCUGUACGAGUAUGACUCCCAGGUCAAAGACCUGCGGGUGCAGCUGUGUGACCAGAUGCAGGUUCUGGAAGGUCAGGUGGAAGUCAAAGGUCAACAGCUGUCUGACCUGUCUGAGUUCUUCCGUCGUCAUGGCGACAUCGAGGCAGAGUACGCCCGCGCCCUCGACAAACUCACAGAGGUUCACCCUGAAGGCCAAGAGGAAGGAGCAGAGUGGUCAGUCGGUGUCUCAGUGUUGAGUAAGGAGGUCGGAGUUGAGAUGCAAGACGAGCUACUGAAGGUCACCACUGAAAUGCAGACGAAAGUGAAGGAGUAUCUGACUGGAAGCUCCCUGAUCUCCAAACUACAGGCUAAACAUGACCUUCUGCAGGAGGCCAUACAGAAAGCUGAGGCCGUUGAUAGCGACCCCUCCAGUGGGUCCCAGUACAGUGAUGAGAACAUGAUGCAGCCCUAUAACCUGGCGGUGUGUUUCGGGCCGAGCCUUCUGAGAGGGUCAGAUUCUGGUGAUGUUGUUGCUAGGCAACCACAGGUGAAUGACCUCGUCAAGACCAUGAUCCUCCAGUAUGAUGUUAUCUUCCCCAGCCAAUCAGAGCUGCCUGGGCCUGUUUAUGAGAAACACAUGACUCUGGAGCGGGAGUACUGGUGA